AUGGCGCCGUCACGGGCAAGCCAUCCACGAUGGUCAUUUAUCCUGGUGAUAGUCACCAUCGUCUCAUUUUUGGCUGUUCCAGCAGUCAUGGUUAAACAUGAGAAUUUCAAGACGUGCUCCCAGUCCGGCUUCUGCCAGCGCAACAGGCAGUAUGCAGAUAAUGCAGCCGCCCAGGCCUCCGCAUGGACCUCUCCUUUUCAUCUUGAGGCCGGCUCUUUAACGUUUUCGGAUGGUCAAUUGCUUGGAACCGUCAUCAAAACUGUAGGAAACGAUGAGAAAGUGCGGUUUCCGUUGGUGGUGUCGUUCCUGGAAUCCGGGGUAGCUCGCAUUACUAUCGACGAAGAGCGACGAAUGAAAGGAGACAUCAAAUUACGGCGUGACAGCACUGUCAGGAAAGAACGUUAUAAUGAAGCUGCAAAAUGGGCAAUUACUGGAGAUAUGAAACGUUCCUCUUCCGCUGAGUUUACUACCGACGAGACCUCAGGUACCACCAAAGUCCAGUAUGGCCCUGAUAUGAAGUUUGAGGCUGUCAUCAGGCACUCUCCAUUUGAAGUUUACUUCCAGAGAGAUGGUCAGACUCAAGUACAGCUAAAUUCGAAGGGACUUUUGAACAUUGAGGAAUGGAGACCGAGAAACGACAUCAUCGAGCCUGGGUCCGAAUCCACUCCCGAUGUCUUGGACGAUAGUACCUGGUGGGAUGAGUCGUUUGGAGGAAACACGGAUUCUAAGCCAAGAGGGCCAGAGAGUGUUGCGCUGGAUAUCAGCUUCCCCGGCUACGAGCAUGUUUUUGGCAUUCCCGAACACGCUGACUCCAUGUCUCUAAAACAAACAAGGGGUGGAGAAGGCCAGCAUACCGAGCCAUACCGAAUGUACAACUCGGAUGUAUUUGAGUAUGAGCUGAACAGCCCAAUGACUCUAUAUGGAUCAAUCCCUUUCAUGCAAGCUCACAGGAAAGAUUCUACGGUCGGCGUUUUCUGGCUGAAUGCUGCGGAGACCUGGGUUGAUAUCGUCAAGUCGACCCUUCUUCCCAACCCAAUGUCUAUAGGAGUAGACGCAAAAACCACGACUGAAACUCAUUGGUUUUCGGAAAGCGGUCAGUUGGAUGUCUUUGUAUUUCUUGGCCCAACUCCUGAUACCAUUUCGAGGACCUACGGCGAACUUACCGGUUUUACUCAACUCCCCCAGCAGUUUGCCAUUGCUUACCACCAAUGCCGCUGGAACUAUGUUACCGAUGAGGACGUCAAGGAUGUCGACCGCAAGUUUGAUAUGUACCAAAUACCAUAUGAUGUUAUCUGGCUUGACAUCGAAUACACUGAUGGAAAGAAAUAUUUCACCUGGGAUCCUCACACCUUCCCUGACCCGCUUAGCAUGCAGAAACAACUUGACGCCUCUGAACGCAAGCUGGUCUAUAUUAUCGAUCCUCAUAUUAAAGUUGAGGCAAACUACCCUAUCGUUGAUGAAAUGAAGAAGAAAGAACUCGCUGUUCUGAACAAGGAUGGGGAUAUUUACGAGGGAUGGUGUUGGCCUGGUUCAUCUCACUGGGUAGACUGCUUCAAACCGGCUGCAAUGGAAUGGUGGGCCAACCUUUUCAAAUAUGAAAACUUCAAGGGAACAGCAUCCAACUCAUGGUUAUGGAACGAUAUGAAUGAGCCUUCUGUCUUCAAUGGACCCGAAACAACCAUGCCAAAGGACAACAUACACCAUGAUAGAUGGGAGCACCGUGAUGUCCAUAAUGUCAACGGAUUAACGUUCGUCAACGCUACUUACAAUGCACUCAUUGAACGUAAAAAGGGAGAAAUAAGGCGCCCUUUCGUCCUCACUCGAUCAUUUUAUGCCGGAUCUCAGCGUAUGGGUGCAAUGUGGACCGGUGAUAACCAGGCAGAGUGGAGUCACUUAGCUGCUUCGAUUCCUAUGGUUCUUAAUAACGGAAUUGCUGGCUUCCCCUUUGCUGGAGCAGACGUCGGAGGAUUCUUCGGUAACCCAAGCAAGGAGCUUCUGACCAGAUGGUACCAGGCAGGUGCUUUCUACCCCUUCUUCCGUGCCCACGCACACAUCGACACCCGUAGACGAGAGCCGUACAUGGUUGGUGAGCCAUACCGAGAUAUCAUUACACAGGCACUCAAGGUCCGAUAUCAACUUCUGCCAGCAUGGUACACGGAGUUCCAGCGUGCUUCGGUCAACGGCUCUCCCAUCCUUCGACCACAGUAUUACGUUCACCCAUCGGAUGAACAAGGAUUUGCUCUCGAUGACCAGUUCUACCUCGGCCAUACUGGCCUUCUGGUCAAACCGGUUGUUACUCAAGGUUCCACCAGUGUUGAUGUUUACAUCGCCGACGAGGAGAAGUACUAUGACUACUUUGAUUUUACCAUUUACCAGGGCGCCAACAAGAAGCAUACCAUCAAUGCUCCAUUGGAGAAAAUUCCUAUUCUCAUUCAGGGCGGCCACAUAGUUCCGAGAAAGGACAGACCACGACGAAGCAGCGGGUUGAUGAAAUACGACCCAUACACCCUUAUCGUGGUCCUUGAUAGCAAGGGCCAAGCCGAGGGAGAACUAUAUGUGGAUGAUGGUGAAACAUUUGACUAUAAGCAAGGAGCAUAUAUCCACCGUCAAUUCUCCUUCUCAGGUUCCAGUCUCUCUUCCAAAGAUCAGUCCAUUAGUGGCUCCAAAACGAACCAGUAUCUCAAGGCUAUGGCAGAAGUACAUGUUGAGAAGAUCGUUAUUGUUGGGGCCCCCAGUAGCUGGAAGGGCAAGGACAGUGUUUUGGUGCUUGAAGACGGCGCAAAGUCUGGUAUCAAGGCCAGCAUGAACUGGUAUGAUGCCGAGAGUGGAAAGGCAGCAUUUGCGAUUGUGAAGAAACCUGGGGUUUCUAUCGCCAAGUCAUGGAAGAUUGACUUUGCUUAG